CAAAGUGUCAUCGAUGAUCGAUGUCAAGUAACUCCAUAGAUAAUACAUUAUUAAAAUUAGAUCAUUAUUUGUGUACGAUUGUCCCUACACUGAAGUAAAUGUUUUUUGUGAUAAUCCAUAUGUUUUCACCUUCACAAAGUAGAUUAACAGCAAAAUGAAGACAGUUAAAUUAGAAAUUUCAGUUGACACAGUGUGCCAUGGGUGUUUAAGUACCGAUAGGCAAACAAGCACUUCGAGAGAUACAUCUGAAUUAUAUUUACGUUUAUUAGAAGACGGUUUAUCCUCUGAAAAUAAGGAUGUGGCUCUCUGUUGGGAAUGUACAGCAAUCUUCAGGAAGAUCCAGAGGUUUCAGAAGCAAAUUAAAAACGCUCAAAUCUCUCUUCUCUUAUACCAAUUGAAUACAAGGACACCGUUAUCAAAAUUAGAUACCGUAAUCAAAAGUGUAUACGAUCUGGAGUGUGUACACGAAGAGAAAGCGGCACAAAUAACCGAAGAAGGUAACUCGAUAAAAAUAGAAGCGGAAACGGAAGUCGCACUGCCCGCAAAAGAAGAAUUAGACGAAUAUGACACUAUAACGUACGAGGAGGACUACGCUGAUGAUGCGUGUAUGAAAAGCAUAAUUGAAAACGAACAGAGAGCCAGCAAAAUGCCAAGUAAGAGCGAUAUCAAACCCAUGUCCAUAAAGCAAUACGAGAAAUAUGCAGUUUUCUCGAAGCAGAACGAGAAAGUUAAUUCUGGUGACCUGAAAAAAUACUAUAAGAACGUUUUCUUGAGUGACGGUGAGAUAGAGGAAUAUUUGAACACUAGAUUAAGGAGGGAUAAGAGCUUCCAUCGUUUGAAUUACAAGUGCGAGGAUUGUGUACUCGGAUACAAGGAUAAGAGGGACUGGAAUCGGCAUAAUGCUCUUCAUCAUAACACUUCGACCGGCCCCUACAAGUGCAGCGAGUGCAAAACGAAAUGCCAAACCAUCGAUGUACUCGCCCAGCAUUGGAUAACUCACACGAAGGCGCUGCAGUGCGUCAUCUGCGGCGACCUGCACAGGUCCCUGGGUGAGAUAAGGAAGCACGUGAACAGGGCGCACACGGGCGUGUUCACGUGCAAGGAGUGCGGGGACCACAGCAGAACACUAAGGGAGUUCAGUCAGCAUUACAAAAGCAAACACGAGAAGCUGGUAUGUGAUCAUUGCGGCAAAGGUUUUUACAAGAAGCGCGUCCUAGAAAGUCAUAUGAGGAGGAACCAUUUACCAGCCAAAUGCGAGGUCUGCGGCCGUCAGUACUCUCUGUACCACACCCUGGAGGUUCACCUGCGGACUGUCCAUCCUCACCUCAUGAACGGGGCCUACAAUAGGGACGCCUCGUACUGCGUCGAGUGCGAUAGACAGUACCCAAGCGUCUACAAAUACAGGAAGCAUUUGAAACAGUCGGUCAGGCAUACCCCGAAAAAGAAAGUAAGGAUACCGUGCCCCGAAUGCGGAAAAGUCUUCACGCGUACGAACUACAUGAACAAUCACUACAGGCUGUUCCAUUCCAAGGACACGAAGCACUAUUGUCAGCUUUGUAACAAGCUCUUCGUCACCGGCUACGCGGCCAGGAAACACAAAGAGUUCGUUCACGACAAACAAACUUUGCCCAAAAACAAGAUCUGCGAUAUAUGCGGCCGCGGCUUUAGCACGAACAGAAUUCUAACCAAUCACAGGAGGACACACACCGGAGAGAGACCGUACAAAUGCCCGCACUGUACCGCCGCGUUCGCCCAAAGCACCGCCAUGCACACGCACAUGAAAUCGCAACACAAACACGUAAUGCCUCUACAGAUCCCCGUCCACCAGAUGGCGUGAUGUCGUCGUCGCCUAGCGCCAUCUGUUGUUCCGGAGCGAAGUUUCGACGCCCAAAUCGAUGGAUGAAAGACUAAAGCUUCAAGCGACAUUCAUCUUUGUAAUUAAUUAAAUAUGCUGUUUAUUUGGUACUGGCUGAGACCCUAGAUGUUACCCGCGGUUAUUGUCGUACCGCGGGCGACACUGCGGAGUGAAGCUAGUCUAAAAAAGUAGCUCAAGCUACUCCUUAUAUCAUUAGUUACCUAUCAGUGAAAGUCCCGUCAAAAUCGGUCCAGCCGAUCCAGAAAUUAGCAGGAACAAACAGACAGACAGACAAAAUAAAAAUAAAAACGUGAUUUUGGUAUAUUUACUGUGUAUCCCUUCUUACGCAUUUAGUAAAAAUGGUUAUUUUAUUAUUACAAACAGACACUCCAAUUCUAUUUAUUUGUAUAGAUUAGUAUCGAUGUUUUGAAUUAAACUUCAAUUAUGUUUACCUCAUUGAAAUAGCUGAAGAAGUGUUUUUGUUAUGAUGAUUUUUCCAAAUAUGAAACUUUAAAUGGCGCGCGAUUCUGUAAAGUUGCAAAAAUGUCGCUUAAACCAAAUAGCCUUUCACCCGUCGACAUGAAUUACCAGUCAAGAAAAGAGUGGAGCAGUUUGGUCUUGAUUUUCGAAAUUGCCGCGCAAAUGCUCCAUAACUAAGCCCACGCUGGUGAUGUCAUUUUUUAAGGGAUUUUGUGGCCUGGUAACUAAGACCUUUAAAUCAUGUCUAAUUUUAAUUUAUAUUAUUAUUAUGAAAAAUGAUAAUAUAGAGUGAAAUGAAAUGAAAUGAAGAUGAUUUAUUUGAGACAUUAAUCAACUGGGAUGAAAUUAAAUGAAAUGAGAGGAGAUGAUAUGGGAUAACAUAAUCUCAGUAAAAUGGUGGUCAAUUACUAUUUACUACAUUUGUGCACUUUCACAGAUACUAAAUAGUUAAUAAACCACCGUUAUUACAUAUUUAAACCUGAAGAAACACUAAAUAGACAAAAUAAAUCACACAACUUCACUCCUCGUGUUUCCGCCAAUAAGUCCCCCUGGUGACGUCAUUUGAUUCUAACCACAGAUUACCAACACAAGUAUGACGUCACAAGCUAUUGACAUUUAUUCGAACGCCAGAUAGUUUCUAAUGUUAUUAAAGUUGGCUUGGCGAUUGGAAGAUACAAGAAUGUUUGAUGGAUUCAUAAAUGGUUCAUUUAAAAAAAUAAAAACGAAUUAUGGUUUUUAUGUAAUUAAGCUGCAUUCAAAAUACCACGGAAUAGAUAAAUAAGGUUGGAAAGGCCUUUGCUCUAAUUUUGUAUUAGAACCAGUGUCGCCGCUUCAUCCCCACUAUUUUAAUUUCUACACAUACACAUACUGUCAUUACAAGUAUUUCGCACACAACAAAAACACCCACACAUAAAUCUCAGGACAGAUAUUCGUUCGCAAACUAGCACAAAACUCCUGUAGGCUCACACACUCACACACGCAUACACACUCACACACGCAAAAAGGCAAUAAAAAUGUUCAUACACGCUAGUGCUUGAUAAAAUCGAUAUUCUUUAACGAUAAAUUAUCUGAUGAAUGAAAGGGGAAAAAUGAAACACGAAAUAAAUAUUGAAAAAAAACUAUUUUACUUUUAUUAAUUACAAAUAAUCACUGUCCCUGGAAUAAAACGUAUUUGUUAAGCAGUUGGCGCUUGCUAUUAAUUGCGAAUGAAUUUUUCAAAACAAAGUGUUUUAUAGUAAAAUCAUUUUCAGUAAAAUGUUUAGAGCAAAUACUCGUCUUUGUCUCCAGCUUCCUCUACCUGUCACGUCAAUCCAUUGUUCCCUGGCGUUAGGUUCUUUAGGAAACCUAAAAUUUUUAAUUUAAUGCAUAAGUCAAAUAGCAUUUUACUUAUAUUUUAAUAAAUCUUAGACAAUAUAGUAAAUAGCCGUAAAUGAGAGGUCUACAUGUCUCUUUAUAUUAUACCUUCACAUUAAUUCAAUGAUAAUAAUUCAAUAAUAAUAAUACAUAUUUAUUUUACUCAAAAUACGUCUCAGUAAGAAUAUACUAGGUAUCAUUAAUUAAAUAUAAAAUAAUACAAAAAUUAUCCAUGUCAAAUGUAAAUAUAGUCGAGAAUUCUGUCGAUGAUUUUAUUUCACCACAUGGUCACCUCACUAUCGACAAACUAGCGCCGUCCAAUCAGGACAAAGGCCGAAAUUUCAAAGAUUGAAGUGUAGAGAACGCAAUGCAUGUAGUACAUUGGAAGCUGACUUGGUCACUGCGUGCAUUGGGCGAGUACACAUCGCGCAAUGUAUGCUAUUUAUAACUUGUUGCAAUAAUAUUGUUAAUGUUUGGAAUUUCAUAAUGCUCACUAUAUUUUUAUGUUUUAGACAAAUAAUAUUGUAAUUAAAUGGUAAUUUCGACUUACCGAUCGAAAUAUAUACCUCCUCGCUCUAUACUUGAGGUCUGACUUUUUGUUUUACAAGUUAUAAUUGCACAACACGGCAUUAUAAAGCGGAGAUCUGUUCGCCAAAGUAGUCCGAAGCGCACUAAACCCGGUGAAUGAAAGAAUCGGUCGAGUUAUGUUUGUAGAAUCAUAACUGUGGCACGCUUGCCCCGCCUACAUUACCAUUCCAACCUUAUUUAUCUAUUCCGUGCAAAAUACUGUUUGAAUACUAUGAUUCUGGCAUUUUCCUUGGUUUUAAUCUCUGUCUUGUGAUUGUCUUUAUAUUAUUUCUGAUGUAUUGAUAGUCAAUAAUUCUGAUUAUCGACGCUUGAAAGGCAAACGUGACUAAGCGACAAUAACUGCUUUGUACAUAAAUGACAGGCAAUAACCAUAUUCGAUGCGCAAAAAAAUAUAUAUUUCUAGGUCUAUUAAAAUCAUUUCAAUCCUACAGCUAGAUUCGUUAAAAUAUAAUUUUUUUCAGGUAUUUCUCAUGUAUAUUUUAAAUUAAUUUCAACUUUAAAUUAGUCUACUGUAAGGUUCACGCAUUGUCGCUUAGUCACGUUUGCCUUUCAAGCAUCGAUAUGCAAUGCAUUUUUAGAAAGAAUAUAAUGACAAUAAUAAACUUUUUAUUAAAAAUUUAAAGUUGUUUUAAUAAAAAAUACUCUGAAUUGUUGUGCGAACAUUGAAUUCGUAUCCAAAAUGUGAAAUUUAAUUAUGCAUCACAUGAGUGUAAAAUAUAAAUAAAUGUGGGAUCGUCUAUUCGAUUUGGACCAAUAAAACAGUUGGUGGCUUCACACGAA